AUGGACCUGGACCCAGUCGCCAGUGCCAGCGUGGUUGACCUCCCGUCAUUGGAGGAUUUUGGCGAUGCCCUCACCCAUCAGGAGCCGCUAGCCCGGAAAUCUACUCUCCAACCUACCGUCGAGGAGGAGGAGGAGCUAGAUGACUUGCCCGCAGGCUACGAGAAAUCUAGCUUCACCCGGCGCAAAGAUACAACCUCCAAGGUCCACGAGGAGAACACGCGCUUGCGUCGCCACGCCCAAGACCUUUCCCGGAAGAUCAACACCCUCAUCACCGAGAAGCAGAUUGCCGAAGAAAAGGCUGAGCGUGCCACCGAGCGCAUCACCGAGAUGAAGCAAUCGUUGAACUCUGGCAUGACCGACAUUGAGCGUGACACCGAGUCCCUUGCUCGCGAUUUAGAGAAGUCGAGGGAGGAGAACCGCGCCCUCCGAGAGCAACUCAACGAUGCCCAAUCGCACAUUUUUAGUCUUCAGCCCUAUCGCAAAGAUCUGACUUCUGAGGAGAUUGGUCGCGAAUACGAUGCACUGGUCGAGCUGGUCCAGGACUGGGUUCAAAAGUUUAUGGAUCCAUGGCUGGAGGACCACGCUGAAGGUGUUGAGAGUGUCUUGACUAUUGCUCGAAAGCGAACCGCAGACGCCAACAAGUUCAAGAGGACCCUCCACCAAUACCCCGAUCUUGUUCAUGCCUCCUCGUUUCCCGAGACGGAUGAAGAUAUCAUCGCGUCCAUUAUCCUGAGAUAUCUGCACGACAAUAUCUUCCAGGCUAUUUUAUACAGUGAUAUCCCCAAAUACACCGAAGUCGUCAGUUUCAUUGAGAAUAGCAUGCAGAUGUCUGUUGAGCCUAAGAGAGAUCUCUUCUCUGUCAGAACCUGGACAGCUGAGGCGUACAAUGCCCUAUUAAGCUCGCCACCCUUCAGAUCGGUGCGAGAACGGCGACGCAAGGACAUGACGAUUGAGCUAUCGGGAAUCCUCAAAGUUUUCUGCAAGAAAGAUAAGCUUGGAUGGUUCUAUGAUCAAAUGGACGAAAACUGCGUGUGGCCGGCCAUGAAGCUGUACGAGAAGCUGCAAGUGUCGACGCAUCAUUUCUACCUAGACUUGAACCCUUACAUUAUGUGGAGCUCUGGAGGCGAUCUCAACGGAUCACCCGAGUUCAUUGACUCACUCAAGAACCUGGACUGCCGCAACAUAUUGCAGAACCGCAAGGCUUUCAACUUGGCCAAGUUGGACCCGCCCCCAUCCAAGAAGGAGCUCUACCAUCGUCUUCUCAACGUGUGCACAGUUGUGCCGUCGUUGUACAUGCGGCAGAUCGGGCAGAAGGACUCAAUCAAAGAACCCAUGGUGGUACGCAAGCAGCAGAUGCUUGUAGCUUGGGGAGAUGAGGAGAAGCGGAAAGCGUUUACUGAAAAAGGGGAGAGAACAAUCGUGUCACACCUCUUCCACGCCAAGAGCGAGCGUCAGCCCGAUAGCUGGACGGCGCAGUUUCGAUGGGGAUAA